UAAAACAUGUCAAUCAAGACUCCAUUAUAGAGAAACAAGAAUAAAGAAAGAAUCGCUUGACAUCACAUACUAUCCAUAUUCAACUGUCAAUAGAAAAAAAUAAAGUAAUACUAGUACUAUGUGCAAGCAAGCAUGAUGCAUCCAAUCCAUCAUCCAACCCACGUGGUUAAUUAAACAAAACAAGCAACAAGCUGUAAAGCACACCGCACUCUCUCUUGUUCUUCAAUGGUCAAUAUUCUAUUCAUCUAAACAAACAAAAUUCUACCGUGUGAUUUUCAAUUUCAAAGCACCAACUUCAACUCUCUCAUGGCAAAAACACCUCUGUUUCUUCUCUGCAUAUUGACCCUUCUAGCCUCAAAUUCCAUACAAUCUUAUGCUCAGCAACAUGAGUUUUUCUUUGCUGGAUUCAAUGAAGAUACCACAAACAUAACCUUAAACGGGGGUGCAGUGAUUGAACACAAGGGCACACUUCGUUUAACAAACGACACUGAAAGAGUAAUUGGUCAUGCUUUUUAUUCAACCCCAAUUAACUUCAAAAACAAAAACAACUCAACCAACCACAAAGUUUUCUCCUUUUCAACUUCCUUUGCUUUUGCAAUAAUCCCUCAAUACCCAAAACUAGGAGGCCAUGGCUUCGCAUUCACCGUUUCUCCUUCCAACAAACUCUCCAAUGGCUAUCCUAGUCAGUACUUAGGCCUUCUCAACCCAAAAGAUUUAGGCAACUUUUCGAACCACCUAUUCGCAGUUGAAUUCGACACUGUACAAGAUUUCGAAUUCAAUGACAUCAAUGACAACCAUGUUGGUAUCAACCUGAACAACAUGGUAUCAAACAAAUCAGUCAAAGCAUGUUUUUUUACUGAUGGGUCAACGAGUAAACAAGUUCAAGACCUCAAUUUGAAGAGUGGUAGUGUGAUUCAAGCAUGGAUCGAUUACGAUUCCUCCAUAAAUCAACUUGAAGUUAGACUCUCUCCAUCUUCAUCAAAACCCACUUCACCAAUUUUAUCAUACCAAGUAGAUCUAACCCCAAUUUUCAAAGAAACUAUGUAUGUUGGGUUUUCUUCUUCAACGGGGUUACUCUCUAGCUCACACUAUAUAUUAGGUUGGAGCUUCAAAAUCAAUGGAGAAUCCAAAACACUGUCUUUGAAAAAACUUCCUUCACUCUCUUCACAUUCCAAUAAAACUACUCAAACUCGAAAAGCCAUAAUCUUGGGUCUCUCUAUUUCAUUUGUGAUUCUAGUAGUUUUAACAACUGGUUUAUCUGUUUACUUUAAGAUGAAAAACUAUGAUGUUAUAGAAGCUUGGGAACUCGAAGUGGGUCCACAUAGAUUCCCUUACAAAGAACUGAAUCAAGCAACAGGAGGAUUCAAGGACAAGAACCUUAUUGGUUUCGGAGGUUUUGGUCGAGUUUACAAAGGGGUGUUAGUGUUACCAAACUCUAAAACUGAAAUCGCUGUGAAACAAAUCUCCCAUGAAUCGAAACAAGGGUUACAAGAGUUUAUCUCAGAAAUCGAAACCAUUGGUAAACUUCGACAUAGGAACCUAGUAGAGUUACUAGGUUGGUGUCGGAAGCAAAAUGAUUUAAUUUUGGUCUAUGAUUUCAUGAAAAAUGGGAGUUUGGAUAAGUAUAUAUUUGAACAACCAAGAGCAAUGUUGAAAUGGGAAGAAAGGUUUAGGAUCAUAAAAGGUGUGGCUUUUGGGCUAGUUUAUCUGCAUGAGGAAUGUGAACAGACGGUGAUUCAUAGAGAUGUGAAAGCUGGGAAUGUGCUUUUGGAUUGUGAGAUGAAUGCGAGGUUGGGUGAUUUUGGUUUGGCGAAGCUUUAUGAUCGUGGUGAGAAUCCGAAUACGACAAGGGUGGUUGGAACGUUGGGGUAUUUAGCGCCGGAGUUAACGAGAACGGGGAAGCCGACAACGAGUUCUGAUGUGUUUGCGUUUGGGGCUUUGUUGUUGGAGGUGGUUUGUGGGAGGAGGCCUAUUGAGGUGAAAGCGUUGCCGGAGGAGCUUGUUUUGGUGGAUUGGGUUUGGGAUAGGUGGAGGUUAGGGGCGGUGAAGGAGGUUGUGGAUUGUAAGAUGGGUGGGGUUUAUGAUGAGGUGGAGGUUUUGUUGGUGGUUAAGGUGGGUUUGAUGUGUUCUGAUGAGUCGCCGGAGAGGAGGCCGACGAUGAGGCAGGUGGUUAGAUACUUAGAGAGGGAAGUGAAGCUGCCGGAGCUGGAUGGUUUUGGGGUGAAAAAGAAGGAUUUUUUGUAUUCGACGGGGUCGGGUUUUGGAAGUGGUAAUACGUGGUCGUCGGUCGGUGAUGACGUGGACGGUGGGUAUGUUUCAUCUUUUACACUUUCCGGUGGCCGGUAGGGUCGGGAGUUGGCUAGCUCAACAAAGCUGACUCUGUCUGUAUCUUUCACUUUUCUCUUAUUUUAUUUUUUAUUAACUUUAUACUGUAUAUUUUACUGUUUUUUUUUUGUCUUGGAAGUGGUAAAUGGUGGAAAAUAUAACAAAUAUACUCUAUGUUAGUUAGGGUGGUGAAAUAGGGAUUAAAUAAUUAAAAAUAAAUGUACAAGAGUUGUUUUAAGUUUUUGGAAGUCUCUCGUGUAUGUUAGCAACAAUUCAACGUUAAUAAAAUAACUUUAGGUUCUAUUUAGCAAUUAUAUAA